GCGGUUUCCGAAGUUCAGCGCACAAGAAUGCUGCCUGCCGGUCUUUCAAAAUGAAGUCAGAGCAUUAAAAUGAGAGAGACCGUUAUAUAUGUCACAGAGCAAAAACAUGGGAACUGUGACCACAGCCUGGCGUACCACAACAGCAUAAACAGAGGAAGAAUUUGCCUCCUGAAAAGAGCUUGAAAGAAGCAGAGCAGACAUGGGAAGUACUGGGAACAGACGCCGGCGUUCUUUGGAGAUCAUCUUGGUUCUCGCUCUCUGCGCGACGUGCGCCAGCAGUCGGGGAGCUGUUGGUGAUGGCCUUGCGGAUUCCCUGUCAUCAGUUGGUGGGACAUUACCUCACUUCCUGCAAGAGCCAGAGGAUGCUUACAUAAUAAAAAAUAACCCAAUCAAGUUGUGUUGCCGUGCGACUCCUGCCCUGCAGAUCUUCUUUAAAUGCAAUGGAGAAUGGGUCCAUCAGAACCAGCAUACCUCAAAAGAAUACAUAGACCAAAACACUGGGCUACAAAUUCGUGAAGUGAUGAUCAAUGUUACCAGGCAGCAGGUGGAGGAUUUCCACGGUCCUGAAGACUACUGGUGCCUGUGUGUAGCCUGGAGUCACCUAGGAACCUCGAAGAGUCGUAAAGCCACAGUGAGCAUAGCAUACCUCCGCAAGAACUUCGAACAGGAUCCUCAAGGGAAGGAAGUGCCAAUCAAGGGUAUGAUUGUGCUGCAUUGCCGUCCCCCGGAGGGAGUGCCCAUGGCAGAGGUGGAGUGGUUGAAAAAUGAGGAGUUGGUCAGCUCUCUUCGAGACGAUAACAUUGACACUCGAGCUGACCACAAUCUGAUCAUCAAUGAAGCCAGACUUUCGGACUCCGCCAACUACACCUGCCUCGCCAGUAACAUAGUAGCAAAGAGACGCAGUGCCACGGCGACUGUAGUUGUUUUCGUUAAUGGUGGUUGGUCUUUGUGGACUGAGUGGUCACCUUGCAGCGUGAACUGUGGGAGAGGAGUUCAGAAGCGUUCUCGGACCUGUACUAACCCAGCACCUCUGAACGGAGGAGCGUUCUGUGAGGGCAUGUCUGUGCAGAAGAUCACCUGCAAUGCUGUCUGCCCAGUGGAUGGAGUCUGGGAGGAGUGGAGUGAGUGGACAAUGUGCAACGCCCAGUGUGAGAGGCAGAGAUGGAGGGAGUGCAACUCUCCACCACCCAGACACAGAGGCAAGAUGUGUGAGGGAGAAGGUGAAAGCACAGAGAACUGCACCGGGGGACUGUGUACACAAAAUGGAAAGCUGAUGCAUGAUGUUGAGCCUCAGAGUAUAGAGAGCGCUACCGAUGUUGCACUCUACUCUGGUCUGGCUGCGGGGGUUAUUGCUGUGGUUGUUCUCAUCGUGGCCAUCACUUUCUACAGGAAGAGUCAGAGUGAGUACGGAGUUGAUGUCAUCGACUCAUCUGCUCUGGCAGGGGGCUUCCAGUCCUUCAACUUUAAAACCACCAGACAAGGCAAUCCACUUCUUCUGAAUUCUUCCAUGCAGCCUGAUAUAACAGUGGGCCAGACCUACAGCAGUCCAAUCUGCUUCCAGGACUCCAUAGACAAAGAGCUCUUUGACCCCCUGCCAGACAAGGUAAAAGAUCAGAUCUCCUUUAUGGUUUCACUUGGUGUGUCAGACCGGGCAGAGUAUCAUGUCAAAGCCCACCAGGAGAGUCUUCCUACUGGCCUUCACCCAAACUACAGCACAGUAGAGGGCAAGAAGAAGAGUAUGAUUCCUAAUGGACCGCACACCCUUGGGAAUGCUCAGUUGAAGACAAGCGCAGUGUUUGGCCAUCUUGGUGGCCGAUUGGUCAUUCCAAAUGCAGGAGUUAGUUUGCUGGUUCCUCAAGGAGCGAUUGCUGAGGACACUUCUUGGGAAAUGCACAUGCUCAUCAAUCAAGGAGAGUCAAGAGCCCAAUCAGAGGAAAGGUGUGAGAUCCUAUUAGGACCAGAGAUCACGUAUGGCCCUCAAGGGCUGAGCUUGUCCUAUCCUGUCGCCAUGACGAUAGCUCAUUGUGCUGAGGUCAGCGCUGAAAACUGGAACAUUAAACUCAAGAGACAAACCAAGGACGACAAGUGGGAGGAAAUAAUGUCAGUAGAUGAGGAGUCAACCUCCUGCUAUUGCCUGAUGGACUCUCAUAGCUGUCACUUGUUGCUGGAUCAGCCUGGCUGCUAUGCUCUGGUGGGUGAACCCAUCACUGAUGCAGCCAUUAAGAGACUAAGGAUUGCAGUUUUCGGCAGUAUGGAGGCCUUCUCCAUGGACUACAACUUGCGAGUGCACUGUGUAGAUGACACACCUCAUGCCUUUCAGGGAGUGGUCACUGCUGAAACCAGCAGAGGAGGUCAACUCCUAGAGGAGCCUAAGAUGCUGUUCUUUAAAGGGAACUGCCUAAGUCUGCAGGUGUCUAUCCAGGAUAUCCCUCAGAUUCUGUGGAGCAUUAAACCCUUUACCACCUGUCAGGAAUUCUCCUUCACCCAAGUGUGGUAUAGUAACCAGCAGCCUGUGCACUGUGCCUUCUCACUGCAGAGACAUAGUGCCGCAACUACCCAGCUCUCCUGCAAGAUCAGUGUGCGGCAGAUCAAAGGUCACGAGCAGAUCCUGCAGGUCUACACCUCAGUGGCACAGAGUGAAAAAGAGACAGUCCCAUUUUUUAUGCAGGCAGAUUGCACGGUUACUUCACAGACAGGGGCCCAAGCCUUCAAAAUCCCCCUGUCCAUUCGUCAGCGGAUAUGCACCACCUUCGAUACUGCCAACGCCAAGGGCAAGGACUGGCAGCUCUUAGCUCAGAAACUCCAAAUUCAAAGGAACCUGUCUUACUUCACUAAGCAGCAAAGUCCCUCUGCUGUCAUUCUCAGUCUCUGGGAGGCCAGGUAUCAGGACAGUGGUGAUCUUGACUCACUUGCAAGUGCUUUGGAGGAGAUUGGAAAGAUCCACUGUAAAAGUCUGCCUCAGAAUCCUGAUGAGAAAGAACCAGACUUUAACUUUUGAGGGACACCAAACUGGAGACCAAAUUAACUCCCCCAGGUGCAACUGCCCAGCAUCUUCUAAAUUAGAGUCCAAGAAGACCCAGCUAAAUUAUAUCAAGUCUGUGAGAAGACUUUGACAAGAUGUGACCAAUAAAACACUUUCAUGUAUCUGAACAUGUGCAAAGGAGAUACGUUGGCAACAAUUUGGUGCAGAUUCAGCAACUUCAAAAGGCUUUACUCAAAGUAAACGUCAGAAUGCUGUGCCAAGCCAUCACAUCCUACAUGAAAUUCUGCCUUAGCCCUCUCUUGGUGUUCAUAAUUUUAAAUUAUUAUGUGGGAUUUGAUUAGUGACCAAGUUUAUUUUUCAGAUCCAGAUUGUGUUUCAGAGUUGAGCAGUAUUUAUAUCCCUUCUGCAUGUUACUACUGAUUUGUGCUUUGUUUGCACUAAAUGAUGUUUAGAGAAGAGAGAGGGGAAUACACUCCUUCAAAAAAACAUUUUUUUAAACAUCACAAAUUGUCAUUGCGAGUCACUGUGUUCCUUAGUUUACAUUAUUAUUGCAUUGUCUAAAUGGGAUUAGUUAAUAAAGGCAUAGUAAGAACAA